AUGGGGCGGCGGGUGGCAGGGUGGCGGUGGCGACGGGGGUGGCAGGGCUCCGGUGAGGUGGAGCUCCGGGGCGGUGGAGCUCAGGGGGAGCCGGCAGGGAGGCGGGGCCGAUGGGGCCGCGGUGGCGCCGAGGGCGACGGUGGCGCCGGGGUGGUGGGGGCGGCGGGGCGCCGGGGCAGUGGGACGGUCGGGCGGCGACGUGGUGGGGCGCCGGGGCGGCGGGAUGGUGGGGCGACGGGGCAUCGGCGGGUGUGGGGCGGCGGGGUGGUGGGAUCAACAAGGCUCAGCGACCCCGACCCCUCAGUGCCUCCCUCCGUGAAGCAGCCGGCGACGCCCAGCAACGCCAGCGAGCACUUCGUGGACAGUGCCUUUCCCUCCCCUCCCCCUCCCCCUGCCCCGUGCGUUUCUAGUCAGACAGUCCGCCGGCUGUCAGAGGAAGUUCAGAUUAAAAGCCAACAGAAUAUCGACGAGGAGGAGAAGGACCCCCUCAGCCCCGGCGAGCCCUGA